AUGUUCCUGCGUUUUAUACUUUCCACAGACCGCAGUGAGACUGCUACGAUAUUCACCACUCAAAUCUCGCGUGAUGUGACAGAAGUUUGUUUGAAAUUUUCUGCGCCAAUAUGCGUAAAAAUGACCAAGGUCAACAAAUUGCCCGCCACCACUGUCACAUUCUUCAUUUUUAAGUUUACUUUAUCCAUUUGUUCAUUUCUCCGUAACUGUUUCUUCCAUUUUUCUUACGUGUUAUUAUCCUUUCUUUUCCCCUUACUAUUUAUUUAUAACUUCUCUGAUUCAGCCUCUCUCUUUCACUAUCUUUCUCUCUUUCUUUCACUCUUUCAUUCUCUUUUUCUCUCUCUUUUAUUUCUUUCACACUUUUACUUACUUUCACUCUCUUUCAUUCACUCUUUCACUAUUUCACUCUCUCUCUUUCACUCUUUCACCCUCUCUCUUUCACCCUCUCUCUUUCACCCUCUCUCUUUCAAUCUUUCAAUCUCUUUCUUUCAGUCUCUCUCUUUCAGUCUCUCUCUUUCACUCUCUAUCCUUCACUCUCUUUCUUUCACUCUCUCUCUUUCACUCUCUCUCUUUCACUUUUUCAGUCUCUCACUCUCUCUUUCUCUCUCUCUUUCUCUCUCUCACUCUCUCUUUCUCUCUCUCACUCUCUCUUUCUCUCUCUCACUCUCUCUUUCUCUCUCUCACUCUCUUUAUUUCACUCUCUCUCUCUCUUUAUUUCACUCUCUCUCUCUCACUCUCUUUAUCUUUCCCUUUCUCUUUUCUCUCCCUUACUUUCUCCCUCUCAUUUUUCUUUCACUUUUUCUCUCUCUUUUUUAUCGCCCACUCUUUAUUUCACUUCUCUAUUUACCCUCUUCUUUUCUCUCCCUCUUUUCUUCCUAA